CAGAUCAACUCACAUUGAUACAUUAACACAGACUUGGUUGAGAUUUAACAAGCGCGUCAAUACACAAUCUUUGGCUCCUAGGACUAGUUUUAAAAACCGAAAUAAACCGAUUCCGUGCGGAGUGACAGGCUUGGUUGAGAUUUAACAAGCGCGUCAAUAAACAAUCUUUGGCUCCUAGGACUAUUUUUAAAAACCGAAAUAAACCGAGUCCGCGCGGAGUGAUAAAUUUCGUACAAAAGUUGUUCGUCAGAAACUGUCAAUCGAGUGUCGGGUGCAAUAGCUCAGUCUUUUGGUUAGACGGAGGAGUUUAGUCGAAGCAGCAAUGGCCGCCAUGAGCACCAAUGACAUCCCCAGACAACCAAAUGGUGUUCCGACUUCGCCGAGCGCUAAGGGUAUGACCCGAGUCGGAAGUAGUCUGUACGCAAAUUUGCAGUUGCCAAGCAAACCAAAAAGACCGAGCAUUUACGGAACAGACGAGGACACCACACCGGACACGGAUGGCUUGAACUACGUCCCCAAGGAUCUGGUGCAGCACAUGCUGAACAAUGUCAAGGACAAGAGUCGCCAGAGCCACAACAUCUUCUGCGAGCUGGAUACGCUUAAGACUUUCAAUGGCAACUUAGAGUGGCGGGAAUCAGCAAGAUGGGUUAAAUUUGAGGAGGUAGUAGAAGAGGGCGGAAAACGUUGGUCCAAGCCGCACGUUGCGUCUCUGUCAAUGCACGCGAUCCUGGAGACCCGGAAGUACCUGAUGGAUGGCUUUCAGCUACUUGACCUUGAUGUAUACUCGUAUGGAGAACUGACAGACAAAUUGCUGGACGAUCUGAUAGAGGGCGAGUACGUGGAUCAAAAACUACGUCAGUACAUGCGAGACAUUCUGCACAAGAAACAUAAGCACAGUCACAACCCAAGACCAAAAUCCGAAAAACAGGGAAAACUCUCUACUUCUGCUAGCAGUAUAAGCCUAUACUCUAAUGAAUCCCAGAACGGACAAGCCGGCUCCACUGUCGAUGCAGAGGGAUUACUGACCCAAGACUACAAGCCGAAUAGCGCGUUCAUGCGAAAAAUCCAGAAGGACUCCGAGGUGUGCAACAUCAUGGUGGGCGAGCUGGAUGAGUUAGACGAGCCCUUGCUUAUCUUUGUACGACUCAAGGAGCCACGCAUACUCGAGGGUGUGUCCGCCGUCAAACUGCCAACAAGGUUUCUACUGUUCAUCUUUGGCCCUCCUGGAUCCGAGAAGAGAUGCCGCGAAAUGGGACGAUGUAUUGCAACGAUGAUGAUUGAUGAUGUAUUUCGCGAAGUGGCUUAUAAAGGUCGAGUGUUGGCUGACCUUAUUGCUGGUCUGGACGAAUUUGUCGAGCAAGUAACAGUCCUUCCACCGUCCGAAUGGAAUCCCACAAUCCGAAUAGAACCACCUCAAAAAGUGCAGUCCCAACUACACCGACCCGUUUCCAUGGCAAACCUGAAGGAACAUGGUCACGAGGAGAAAGAAGGAGGGCACGGGGACGAUCCCGCCCUCGCAAGUUCCAAAAUUCCCUUUUACGGUCUGGCACAAGACAUCAAGCGUAAGCUUCCCUGGUACCUGUCCGACUUUAAGGACGGUAUCCACGUGCAGUGUCUCGCAUCUUUUAUUUACGUCUUCCUGGGAACGUUCACGCCUAAUGUCACGUUUGGAGGUCUCCUCGGACAGGCCACAGACCAGUACAUGGGCGUCAUGGAGUGUAUAUUCGCCGCGGCUAUAACUGGAAUCUUAUAUGCGUUGUUCGCUGGGCAGCCACUGAACAUUAUCGGGAGCACAGGUCCCAUGUUGGUCCUCGAGCAAAUCAUCUACACUCUGUGCAAAGACAACGGUUGGGAUUUUAUGCCUGCUCGAUGCUGGGUCGGACUCUGGACCGCUGGCUUUAUCCUUCUGAUUGUGAUCUUCAACCUCAGUUCCCUCGUCAAAUACAUUACGCGGUUCACCGAAGACAGCUUUGCCACGCUCAUCGCCAUUAUCUUCAUCGUCGAGGCCUUUAGCAAACUUCUGAGCAUAGAGACAGACCAUCCGGUGAAUUUUGGCAACCAUCCAACUGAUGAUAUUUGUUCCUGCAUCUACAACUGCACAGUCCUCAAUGCGACAGGCGGGCACAAUAUGUCUUUAAGUUCCGAACACAUGGACAUCUGGCACUUGUGUCACAACAGUACAAACGAUGUCCUCUCAUAUAACUGGAAUACAACCACGUGUGAUCUUAAGGCGGGCACGUGGAGCUGCAAAUCUGCCCCCUACAUCCCGGACGUAUUCUUCUUUUCGGUUCUGCUUUUCCUUGGAACAUUUGGCCUUGCUGUUACGCUGAAGGAUUUCAAAGCAGCAACAGUCUUCCCCACGUUUGUACGCCAGCUUAUCAGCGACUUUGCCGUCCUGCUUUCCAUCAUUAUUUUUGUUGUCGUUGAUAUCGUCUGCAAAUUGCCCACCCCGAAGCUGACUGUUCCGGAUAAGUUCGCGCCAACGCGAUCCGAUCGUGGCUGGUUGAUUAGCCCCGUGAGCGAUAAAAACCCUUGGUGGCUCGCGCUGGCGGCAGCACUUCCGGCCAUCCUGUGCGUGAUCCUGGUCUUUCUGGACCAACAGAUUACCGCUGUUAUCGUCAACAGGAAGGAGCACAAAAUGAGGAAAGGAGUCGGAUAUCACUUGGACAUGUUAAUCAUUUGCAUCACGAUCGUAAUUCACUCUAUCCUCGGCUUACCCUGGUACGUGGCCGCCACUGUGUCAGCCUUGGCUCACAUCAACAGUCUGAAAAGGGAAUCUGAGACCGCUGCUCCAGGGGAAAAGCCACAGUUCCUGGGAUGCCGAGAACAGCGGGUUACUGCACUGGCGAUAGGCAUUCUGAGUGGGGCGGCUGUAUUUAUAACCAAUAUACUAAGGGUGAUCCCUAUGGCUGUUCUGUAUGGCGUAUUCUUUUACAUGGGCUUCUCUGCACUGCGAGGAAUGCAGUUUGUCGACCGACUGUUCCUGUUUAUCCAACCCGUCAAGUACCAGCCCGACCUGCCAUACCUGCGUCACGUGCAGCUUUACCGCGUGCACAUCUUCACUAUCAUUCAGAUCCUCUGUCUGGUGGUGUUAUGGGUUGUCAAGUCCAUCAAGCUAAUAUCUAUAGGAUUUCCAAUGAUGGUGCUCGCUACUGGAGUUGUCCGCAAGAUGAUGGAGUGGUACUACACACAGUACGAGCUUUCAUUCCUCGAUGAUCUACUUCCGGGAAAACACGCGGAAAAAACGGAAGAAAGGAAACAUAAAGUUGAAAAGAUUAAUUUUGCCUUCGAGCCAGAUCCAAUUACCGUUGUGGGAGACAAGCCUAUUACCGGAGUUGUAGACAAGAAGCGACCUCUGUUCUUUGUGGACGAGAAGGAGAAUAGCACGGAUUCCACAUACCAUUUGUAAUCAAUGAACACAGUGUAAAUGCAAGCAUUACUAGGGAGACAUCUCUCCAACCUCGAACCUUUUCCAAGACUUUACUUGUGUUACUGAUAUAUGAAGGUUGCCUGUGCAUGUUAUAUAUAAAUAUACAUUUGUGGACUUGGGCCCGUAUUCACCAACCGAUUGUUAGA